AGCGAUGCUGAUGUCAUCCUCUCAUCUUCUGACGGUCUCGACUUCUACGCUCAUAAAUCUAUCCUCUGCUUUGCAUCAGCCUUCUUCACAGACAUGUUCUCCUUACCCCAACCUUUGCCAGCUGAUUCAAAUUCAUUGCAUGCUUCAUCACACAUUGACAUCACAGAGGGCAGUAGCACCUUGGCAUGCCUUCUACGCCAAUGUUAUUCAAUAGAAGACCCUGUGUUGAAGGACCUGGAGGAAGUGAAGUCAUUCUUAUUAGCAGCAUUGAAAUAUCAAAUGCACGAGGCCAUCUCGUGGGGUGAGAGCUGCUUGACAGGGUUCGUGGCAAAGUUCCCAUUGCGCAUCUAUGCGAUUGCCUGUUCUUUGAAACUGGAAGGUGCAGCAGCGUCUGCCACGCACGAUUCCUCCAGUCUUUCAGGAACGGAUGUUAUGUCUACCCUUGAGGAAGAUGUCCCAGAGAUGGAAACGUUAUCCGCCGGUGCAUAUCAUAGAUUAUUGGCCUAUUGGAGCAGAGGAUCAAAGGAGUGUGCAAUUACCCAGUUCUGCAAGCCGCCGACUACCGUCACACAACCAGCCUCUGAGGUCAUCUUAUCUUCGCAUCUGUUCAUGGAUUGCUCCGAGGCAGACAUUCUCAUUAUCUCCUGUGAUGACGGUUGA